CAAUUUUGCUUAAAGAUGGCCAUUGUUCUUAAAGAGCAUUAUGAAGAUUGAUUUUUGAAAUAAAACUUAGAAUGUUAACGGUCGCUGGUUAGCUUUAAUCUUGCGUGAUUGAAACAUUAGGGUAAAGUGCAGCCAUCACGAGGCUAAUGGGUUGGAGUCACGCAACUCUCGACUAUUUUGGGGCAAAGGUAGUGCAAUUAAUCUACCCAACUCAAUCGCAUAAGCCUACUCGAUGCUGCUGCCACUGUGUUUGAGCCUGCUUUUGGUGGCCACUGUGGUGCGUUUGGUGUGGCAUGGUCGACACUGGCGACGUCUGGGAUUGGAAGGACCCUGCGGCUGGCCACUGGUUGGCAAUAUGCUGAACUUUGCUCUGGCAAGGCAAUCGUAUGGAGAGGUUUACGAGUGGAUAUACAGGACGAAUCCCGGUCUGAAAUACGUGGGCUUCUAUCGCCUGUUCAAUGAACCCGCCCUUCUGGUCCGGGAUCAGGAUUUACUGCGCCAGAUCCUGGUGGGCACUAACUUUGCCGACUGUGCAGACAAUGUUGCUUAUGUGGACCAUCGACGUGAUGUCCUGGCUAGCCAUAAUCCUUUCAUAGCCAGUGGCGACCGGUGGCGCAUCUUUCGCGCCGACCUGGUUGCCCUCUUUACGCCCCUUCGAGUGCGUCAGAUGCUGCCCCAUGUGGACACAGCCUGCCGGUUGCUCCGGGAUCAAGUGAGUGUGGGAUGCUUUGAGGCCAAAGAGCUGGCCACUCGCUACACGUUGCAGGUGAUUGCCUCCGUGGUCUUUGGCUUGGAUGCCCAUUGCCUGGGUGGCCAGCAAAAGUCGGAGCAACCCAGUCGCUGGCUGGAGUGGCUGGCCCCACUUUUCCAGCCAAAUGGCUGGAGUUUGCUGGAAACCAUUGCCCUUCUGCACUCACCCCGGUUGGGCAGGCUCAUAGGCCAUCGGUGGGUGAACCAAUCACCCAUUUUUUUUUUUCUAAUUUCCAAGCUAUUGUUCCCUUACAGAUACGUACCCCUUAACCUACAGCAUUGGUUCCGGGAAUUGGUGGCAGCCAGAAGGACAAGCGGUAAUAACCUGCUUCAGUGGCUGGCGGAGGGCAAGAGGAGUUUGGGACAGGAGGAGCUGGCCGGACAUGCCACCACGCUUCUGCUGGAGGGCUAUGAGACCUCGGCCAUGCUCUUGGCCGUCACCCUUUACGAACUGGCCAUUAAUCAGGAUGUACAAGGACGUCUGCACUUGGAAUUGGAUGGGGUGGGUCAAGGCCAGGACCGAGAUUUGCUGGGACAAUCGGCCCUGGGCGAACUUCGCUAUACUGAAGCGGCCCUCCUGGAGGCACUGCGUCUUCAUCCGGCCAUGCAGGCCUUGCAGAAGCGCUGCACCAAAUCAUUUACCCUGCCUCCGCAGAAAUCAGGUUGCAAUGGCAAACUCAAGGUGGAUUUGGGCACCGUUCUGGUUUUGCCCGUUCAGGCUAUUCAUCUAGAUCCUGAAUUGUAUCCGGAACCCAGGCAGUUUCGUCCAGAGCGAUUCUUAAACCAGGCACCAGUAGGCUGCCGAUUCCUGGGCUUUGGCGCUGGAGCUCGAAUGUGUCCGGGCAUGCGACUGGGACUGCUCCAGACCAAGGCUGCCCUGGCCACACUCCUGCAGGACCACUGCGUCCAUCUGGCGGACCAGGAUCAGGCCAGGAUGGAGGUGUCUCCGCUGACAUUCCUCACCGCCAGCAAGCGGGGCAUUUGGUUGCGCUUGGAAAGGAGGUCACACCAAUAGGGAGCAUCAUUGAAUCCGAGAAAUUGAACAAGUUCUUGCCUCCAAUUCACCAAUAGAUCUGGGUUUUUUUUUUUAGAUAAUACUUAUACUUAAUUGUUCGGGUAUUUAGUACUAGGAAUAUACCCAUAAAAUCCAUUUUAAAAUUGUUUGAGGCCGAUUUAAAUUACAUGGUGUAACAUGAACUACAUACAUUAUUUAGAUAAGAUAGAUGAAAGUGCACUUAAAUCAAUUAAAAUUAUAUGGUGCGACAUGAAACAAAUAGCUUGUAUUUAAUUUCAUUGUGGUUGUAAGUUUAAACCUAAUGAGAGAUUUUAGUUCCCAUUAAUCGUCAAGCCUCCUAUCAUUUCGCAAUUUCACUGCCAUUAGUGGUUUGAAAAGUAGUUGAGUUGAACCCUAUUUAAAUUGCAAUUUAAAGCGCUGUUUGCGGUCGAUAACAAACGAGUUCUUAGUACUAAUAAUAUGGCAAUUGCC